AAUACAAACCAAGUACAUUCACACUCACAAUACACAUCACAUCACAAUGGCUGCUCCCGCCACAAAGACGAUCGCCGACCUCAAUGGCCAGUGGGUCAUGAACAAGACCCUCUCCGAUUCACCGGAGCCUGCCCUUGCCCUCCAGGGCAUUGGCUGGAUGACCCGCAAGGCUGUCAGCCUUGCCACUGUCACCCUCCACGUCAAGCAGUACACCGCCUCGCCCUCCCCUCCCACCACCGGCACUGAGCCCGUCACCCACUUCGAUAUUGACCAGUUCGCCACGGCCGGCCUCAAGGGCACCACGGAGAAGCGCUGCGUCGACAACGAGUGGCGUGAGCACUCCGACUGGAUGUUCGGUAGCGUCCGUGGCCAGAGCCGCUGGAUGACUCUCGCCGAGAUCGAGGACGAAUUCCUUAAGAAGGGCUGGCUCGAGGGCGAAGCCGAGGCCACCGGCCCCGAUGGCAAGACCCAUCUCUACAGCCACGUCGAGAGCAUCGACAACGGCUGGACUGCCUCCCAGAUCUGGGGCUUCCAGACCAUCGAUGGCGAGAGACGUUACACCCGUAACGUUCUCGUUCAGAAGGGCGGUAAGAGAGUCGAGAUUCGCCUCGUCUACGACUACAUUCCUUAAAUCUGACGCACGCGGCGUUUUCUGGGAAUUCUUUACAUUGCGGUUGGAUGAUGGGACCGGUUUUACUACACACGAAGCAUGACUACCACUCGCACUUGCAAGACGCACCAUGCCGUUUUGCUGGUAGGCUAGGAAAUAGCCCGACGAAGAGUAGACUUUGAGAGCAUGGAUAGCAAUUGAAACCGUCUGAAAAACACCUAUUCUGUGGAUGCUCAUUUAUAAAAAUGUACGUGACGACAAAGAGAGAGCAAUGUUGAAUCGUCUGCUUGUCUACCAGUCAUGGUCCCAAUGCUUCCCUUCGGUUCAACAUGCGAACCGCCAACGCCUGAGUUGAUGC